AUUUUCUACCCAAAAAAGCCCAUAUCUCAUUCUUCUUCUCUGUCUCUCAUCUAACAGAAUCCAAACUUCAGAAUUACAAAAGGACAGAUUAAAGAAGCUUACACACUCUUCUAAUCUCUCAAAAAAUUUAAUCUGUCAGUGUAAAAAAAAAAUCCUUCACUGUUCUUCAUGACCCGUUUUAAUGGCGGCUAUUUUAACAUCACAGCUUAUUAUUACUCACAAAUCUCUAACAAUAAACAACUUCAAAUCUUUCUAAACCAACACACACCCAUUAUGUUCUUAUUCAUUGGGUUUUCUCUUUGUUUAUUAUCUCUCUCAAUUUUAUUUCUUUACAGUAUAAACAGAAGAUUUCAAGAGCAGCAAAAACCGACCCCGAAAAUUGACCCGGUUUCUUUUUCGAAAAUAAUUGAUGGGGUUUCUAAAGCUAGUGAAAUUAGCCAGACCCAAUUGACCCGGUCUCUUCUUCUUGACAUUUUGCCGUCUGAUUCUUCUAAAUGGGUUUCUUUGUUUGAGGAUGAACCGGGUUCGGGUCAUGGUGAUGAGAGUAAUGAUGGUUCGGUUGGGGCUGGGGAUUUGAGUGUUGGUAAUAGUAGAGUGAAGAAGAAGAAGAGGAGAGCUAAAAAGAAGCGGUUGGAUCCGUUUAAUGAGGGUAAAGAUGUGAGCUUGGAUAGGGAAAUGGAGGAUUCUGGGUCGGGUUCGAUUAGGGUUAAACCGGAGUUGGUUUGUUUGUACCCGUUUACAUCGAGUAGUAGUGCUACUCAGAGGAAGAUUAAACAGCAGUAUGAUCAGCUUGUUAGGUGUAAUGAAAGCAAAGGAUUGACAUUGGCACAGGUUGGAGACUUUGCUAAUUGCUUGGUUGAAGCUAGAAAUGAGUUGCAGCACAAGGCUGAGUCCAUCAAGCGCAAGUUUACGAUAACAAAGGCUCUACUAUUCAAGGCAGAUAGGUCUUCACUUGAUCGUCUUCGUCAACAGAUAUACAAGCUGGAGCUAGAACAAAAGCGACUAGAAGAAGAUACAUUUGUUUAUAAUUGGCUCCAACAACAGCUUAAACUCUCACCGGCAUACAAAAAGAUGCUUGAAAUUAGUGCCUGCAUGGAAAUGAAAGCCAAGUCCAGCGAGCUGAUGGACGAUAACGAUGCUGAAGAUUCUGAUAUUUCCUUUGAAGAGCUAUUAGCUCAAGAAAAAAAGGAUGUUUUUUGGCAGAAAAAUAGGAAAUCAAGAUUACACUAGAGAUGAUGCUGACUCCUGUUUGUUAACUGGACUGCAAGAUGGCAUUUCCCUAUACAUCUGAAACCCAAGUGUCGCCGGGAAUUUUUUGACUGCCUGCGCAUAUUUGGGUGUACUUGUCAGAGAGAACUAUGUACGUCGUGCAUUCAGUCAUUAUUCCCUAGUUCUCAUUAGAAUCUAGCCAAUCUUGAUAUGGCAGAUCUUGAUGAUCCUUAGGCAAUCGGGCUUAAGGCCGAGCUACUAACGUUCCAGUUGAGACGCUGAAAUAUAUUCUCGCUCUCAAACCUGUGGUGGUUGAGGAAUGUAAUAUGCAAUAACUUGCAGAAUGUAUUGGCACAAAUUUUAGUUCAAUGUUUUUUGGAUAAUAAACAAUACAAUCCUUUGGUUUAAGGCA